AAAAACCCUUAUUAUAAUUAAAAUUGACAUUUAAUUCCAAUUCGACAAUUUAAAAAUGCCCCGAAAAUCCACCUCCCGACGAGCCAAUGGACACCAGCAGCAGCAACAACAACAGCGACGACGACGAGUCGAAAGAGACGCAGCCAGGGAUUACCCUGGUGCAGCCAAUUCCAUGCCAGACGAUGACUCUGACGCCGCAAUCAGCCCAAUAGACGCCAACGUAAACAACAUAGCGGCAGCCGAAGCGGUGCUGGCGGCGGCAGUCCAGCUAUACCGGCAGAGACGCCUCUCUGCUGCAUCCUCCGUUGCAUCCACCCAGAUGGACGCAGUGGAUCCACUCUGCACCGAGGACAUGGCUGCCACUAUGAUGGGAAUGGACACCACUGUGUCCAAUUCCCCGGUCACAAGCCCGCCGCAAAUCGCCCCCAUUGCCCGCACCAGAGCCAGCAACAUCAUCAACAGCAACAACAACAGCAUCAUAAGCAUCAGCAGCGGCAUCAGCAGCGCCAGCCAUCUCGGCCUGGAGGCAAUGGCCGCGGCGGCAGCGGCAGAGGCGUCAGACCGUGCCAAGGCACCGCUAACCCAAGCGAAGCCAAGCCAAGCUCCCGCUAGCGCGCCAAAAAUGCAUUUUUCUCCGCCUCCUCCUCACACUCACACACACACCAAUACCGGCAAAUGCAACGGAGACGAAGGCAACGUCCCGCUUGCCGAAUCCGACAAGGGUGGAGAGAGCCGGAAACGGCAAGGAGCGAGAGAAAUUCGUGAGCAGCAGCAGCAGCAUAUGAGAGAGCCAACAUCGAACCAAUAUGUUGGUUCGAACUCGGUUCGAUCGCCGCUUGGGACGGCAGCGACAGCAACAACAGCAGCGGCAGAAAUAGCAGCAGCUCUAGCGACCCCCGCCAAUACUACAGCGAUGCAGCCUUUAACAGCAGCAGCCAGACACAGUCUGUUAACUGCUCUGUUAUCUGGCAGCGCCAAUCAUCAGCAACAACAACAACAACAGCAACAGCAGCAGCGGACUCCAGCAGCAGCAGCACAUACAACAACAACACCAGCCAAAACAACCACCACUGCAGCAACAACAAUAACGACAGCCAACUCGGAAUUGCCAUCCACCUCUGCGGCAGCGGCAGCCAAGCGAGCCGCCCGCUCUCCACUAAAGCGCGCCCAUGCUGAUGUCGAUGAAGAAGAAGACGACGACGACUAUGAUGAGCACGGCGACGCUAUGGCCAUCGAUAGAGAUGCCGACGACGAGGAGGCCAACAAUGCCCUGGCCAAGCGACGGCCUCGCCAGCAGCUGUUUUUACAGCAACAAAUACAGGCAAGAACAAAAACAAAGCCAAUGCCCAAAUAUGCCCCUGUUUCUGCCCCCACAAAUGCCCCUGCCUCAGCUCCAGCUCUAGCUAUAGGUGCCCAAUUAAAUCGCCCCCACACCCCCGCAAAUGCAGCCAAUGGUGGGGCGAACAUUGCCAGCACCAACAGCAACAGCAUAAGCAAAAGCAACAACAACAUCAGCAGCAGCAGCAGCAACAACAGCGACAGGGCUCCCUUGGGUGCUGCCCUUAGCCUGCAUUUGCCCUCCAGCCUCCAUGCUCCCACUGCCAGGCAGCUUCUGGAGAUGCAGCGGCAGAACCAGCAGCCAAUUCCCCCACCCAUAAUCCUGCCAUCAGUCCCAAAUAUAAUGCCACUUUUGGAUCUGAUUCGAGAGGAUCCUAGGGUGGGAAAUCUUAACUACACGACGAAGCUCAUCAGCCGAAAUGGAAUCCGUAUACAGGCGAAAGAUAUGGUCUCCAGGGACGCUAUUAUGGCAAUCCUAGGGGAUGUGGACACUCUUGGCGGCCACUUCACACACCAGCAUAAGUUUGACCGUGGCUUUAGGGUCAUCAUCCGACAGCUCCACCAUUCCACAAGCCAAAGUACAAUUAAAAACGAGCUGGAAUUAAAUGGUUACACGGCAAGAUUUAUUCGCGUCGUACGCAGCAAGCGGGAUGGCCAACCGCUCGACUCAUUUGAGGUCGAAGUGGCCCCCAAAACAGACAGCAGCCAUUUAGAUGUCCUCCUGCUGACCCAACUGGGCACCCAGACGGUCUCCGUGGUGAGGCAGGCCAAGCCAGUCGAUCCCGCACAAUGUCACAGGUGCCAGGCAUUCGGACACACCCGCACAUAUUGCAGACGCGCCUCUGUUUGCAUGAAAUGUGCGGGUGCGCACAUGACCAUUGCAUGCGCCAAGCCUCGAUCCGAGGCUCCGAAGUGUGCCAACUGCCAGGGCAGCCACAUUAGCGCCUACAAGGGAUGUCCUUCCUUUAAGGCUGCUAGGGGCCGUCUUCUGUCCCACAGGACGAUGAAGAAGGAGAUGCGACGCAAAAACGCCAUGCUUGUGCAUCACAAGCAGCAGCAAUGGCACCAGCAGCAACUCCAGCAGGCAGAAACAACAACAGCAAAUCCAAGGCGACGACAGCAGCAGCAGCAGCAAGUCCAGACGCCAGCCAAUCCCCGCCGACGCCAACAGCAGCAGCAACAGCAGCCAAUAAUGACGCCAGCCGAUCCUAGGCUCAGACGACGUCAGCAGCAGCAGCAGCAGCAGCCAUUGAUGACGCCAGCCCAGACACCAUUUCAGACGCCAGCUACUCCAGCUGACAGACGACGACAACGCCAUCUGCAUCAGCAGCAGCAGCCACAUCAGACGCAGCGCCAGGGCCGACAACAUCAACAGCAGCAGCAGCAGCAGGCCGCCAAUCCAAGCUCCAGACGCCAGCCGCAGCAACAACAACGCCAAACAGACCCGAUCCAGGUCCACGGAUCAUGCAGCCAGGCGUUAGGAGAGAGCAUGAAAAGAUUGGACAAAUUAGAGUCUCGAAUGGAGGAAAUAUUCAAAGUACUCACCCGACUAAUAGACCUGCAGACUCCGCCAGCAACUGCACCAGCAGCUCCACCAGCAGCGACACCACAUCCAUCUCCAGCAGCAGCAGCACUAGGGUCUGCAGCGACACCGGAACCUGUGAGGGGAAUGUCCUCUCCUCAUCCAUUGCAGCAUUCAAGCAAGGAACCGGUGCCGCCGCGCACCUACAUCUUUGACCCUGCUCCAGAAGCAGAGCCAGACAGCGACGAGAUGGAAGAUGACGGGGACGAAGCGUGGACAGAUGACUCCUUAAACCAGGUGGAAGCUUACCGCCGGAACCUGAGGCACCAGCUGGACAACCUGGUAUCCUGGCAGGGGUACCACUGAGGAGUCAAAUGUCCACACUCCAGCCACAUCAAUUUUGGACUGACCUGCAAAAUGAAAACACAAUUAAAAGAAAAUAAAAUGACAUACAAAUUUACUCACCCUUGGGUCCAAUGAUUGCCAGGAGGUGGCCAAAAACAAUGCCAAAUGGUC